AGUCGUCAGCUCUGGCCCGCCCUUUAAGCCAACACGGUUAAAGUGUAAGUUAAAAAAGUGAAUCUGGACGGAUAUUCGUGGCUGGCGUUCUCUAUUUUGUCUUUGCAGAUACACGUUGCAGCGGCCUUUCAAUAACUCCGUUUAAGUAACUGAGCUGCAGUGCAAGUGUAUCGCAGUGUAGUGCCUCACGCCUCUGUGGCAGCUAAUCGCGCCGCGUGACAACUAAGAAUACUCCGUGGCAGCUUUGCACAACUAAGAAGCGAGUCGCCCGAUUAAAGUGUGCAGAGGAGUAACGUGCAGCAAGAAGCUAAGGCGCACGAACGGACUCCCGCACCCUCGGCGUUCGCUGUUAGUACCGAACUACAUUUCCCACAAUGCAUCUGGUCACUCAGCUGAAAAAAGGGUCAUCUGACUGAGCUGUCGGCUCUAAGUCACUGAGACAGAACCCGUGAGGAACGACGGAAAGAUGACUUCCCCCGUGAAACAACCAUUGACGGGUCUGAUUGCAGCUACCUUCACCCCACUCACCCCUCAUGGGGAGGUGGACGUGUCUGUGAUCGGCCCUUAUGUGGACUAUCUGGUGAACAAGCAAGGCAUCAAGCACGUUUUCGUGAAUGGGAGCACUGGAGAAGGAAUGUCGCUCAGCGUGGACGAGAGGAAGUCGCUGGCUGCAGAAUGGUGUCGCCAAAGCAAAAAUAAGCUGGAGCAGGUGAUCAUCCACGUCGGGUGCUUGAGCGUCUCGGAUUCCAAGGAGCUGGCCAGACACGCUGCCGAGAUCGGGGCUGAUGGCAUUUCAAUAAUUGCCCCGUCCUUCUUCAAGCCGUCUAGCCGAGAUUGCCUGGUGCAGUUUCUGAAAGAAGUGACCUCCGCAGCCCCCCAUCUGCCCUUCUACUAUUACCACCUGCCAGCCCUGACCGGAGUUCACAUUCCGGCCGCCAGCGUCCUGGAUGGCAUACAGAAGUCCAUUCCCUCAUUCCAGGGCCUCAAGUUCAGUGACAGGGACUUGCUGGACUUUGGCCUGUGUGUCUACAAGAGUCCAAAGUCUUGGCCAAUGCUUUAUGGAGUGGAUGAGCAACUUUUGGCUGGCCUGGCCCUGGGGGCACAUGGUGCCAUUGGCAGCACCUACAACUACUUGGGAACGACUUUCAAUGAGAUGCUGGAUGCGUUUACAAAGGGAGAUCUUGCCGGCGCCCAGAUCACCCAGUUUAAAGUUCAGGAGGUUUUCCAUUUUGCCAUGCAGCAUGGUUUCAACUUGUCCCUCAGCAAGCGCGUGAUGUGUCUGCUGUCUGGCUUGCCCCUCGGCCCCCCGCGCCUCCCCCUGGCUCCCUGCUCCGAGGAGGCUGCUAGGCUUUUUCAGGCCAAGAUCCAGGACACUCUAGGGCUUCAUUGACACCCUGGACGGGUGUGAAGUUGGACUGGGAUCCACGCUCCCUAGGACUGCCUGUUUAGGGUCUCUCGGGGGGGGUCUCGGUGCUGCAGGUGGACCAGCCUUCAUGUGCCUUAGCGCCGGCCGCUCUCUGUUCCUUGCAAUAAAUGUUUCUGACCCACA